ACACAGAGGAGCAUGUGAAACGGCGGGCUGCUUCCUCCCCACACAACAGGGCUCUAGUGGUAGAUCACACUACCCCCCUCCUCCUCCUCACACCUAGCUGCACCGGGAACAUUCUUCCAUCUCCGACCGCCUCCCUCACUCCAACUAUCCAACCUGCGUCUGACGCAAUUGGGUGCGCGGUACAACGUCGGUCCGUACGGUGGGCGGAGCCUAGCGCGGAGCACAGACAGCCUCCUUCCCCUAGCUCCCGCUUGGAAGAGUCGGGAUUGAGCGGUGACCGUGGAGGAGCAGCACGGUGUUCUGUCAUUGAUAAAGCCAGGAACAAAGAAAACCAAGCUAAGUCAUUUUGGGAGAAAAAUAUGGAAUGCAUUUUACGGUUGACUGAGCACACCCAAAGAAACUUUGACAGUACUUUUAAAAUCCUCAGUUAGCAGUUUGUUCAUUCACUUGAACACUAACUAGCAGUUUCCAGAUCGCGCUGAUCUUUGUUUACAUAGCUUUGUUCAGCAGGUUUUCAUACUCUGGAACCGAGUUCUUCUAAUCUCCUCCUAUAGUUUACCAUUGUAUUACAUUUGUCACCGAAAGGAAAAACAAACCGCCAAAAUGGUUCUUGAUGAGUACUUGUGGAUGGUUAUUGUUGGCUUUAUCAUAGCCUUUAUCUUGGCAUUUUCUGUGGGUGCCAAUGAUGUGGCUAAUUCAUUUGGAACAGCUGUGGGUUCUGGAGUGGUUACAUUAAAGCAAGCUUGCAUAUUGGCAUCAAUCUUUGAGACAACUGGUUCGGUGCUGCUGGGAGCAAAGGUUGGAGAAACGAUCCGAAAAGGUAUCGUCGAUGUGAACCUUUACAACAACUCUGUGGAUUUACUGAUGGCUGGGGAAGUGAGCGCGAUGGUUGGUUCGGCUGUUUGGCAGUUGAUUGCAUCUUUCUUGAAGCUUCCCAUCUCUGGAACGCAUUGCAUUGUCGGAGCAACAAUUGGAUUCUCCCUGGUUGCCAUCGGUACACAUAGCGUGCAGUGGAUGCAGCUUGUCAAGAUUGUUGCUUCCUGGUUCAUUUCACCCCUGCUAUCCGGCCUGAUGUCUGGUGCUCUCUUUUUGUUGAUUAGGUAUUUCAUCUUGAAUAAGGAGGAUCCAGUGCCUAAUGGGCUGCGAGCACUCCCAGUAUUUUAUGCUGCUACAAUAGGAAUUAAUGUAUUUUCUAUUUUAUUUACAGGGGCACCAUUACUGGGAAUGCACACCUUUCCAGUGUGGGCCACCGCUCUGAUAUCUGUAGGCGUUGCCAUCUUAUUUGCUUUAGUAGUCUGGUUUUUCGUUUGCCCAUGGCUGAGAAAGAAAAUAGCAAGUCGCUUAAAGAAAGAUGCACUGUCCCGUAUAUCGGAGGAAAGCCUUGAUAAAAUCCCAGAUGAAGAUGCUGCUGUCUUUAAAGAGUUGCCUGGUGCAAAGGGCAAUGAUGAAAGUGUGGUGCCUCUUACCAGUGCCACCACUGAAGGUGCUAAUGGAUCUGACACAUUUGCAAAUGGAAACACCAGAAUACCAUAUGGGAGGGCUGCUUCUAUGACAAAUGGCUCGGUUAGAUCUCCAAUCUCCAAUGGUACAUUUAAUUUUGACGGUCACAACGUUAAAAGUGAUGUUCAUGUGUACCACACUGUUCACAAGGACUCAGGGCUAUACAAGGACUUGUUGCACAAAAUACAUCUGGACAGAGUAACUGAUGAUCGCCCUGCGCAUGACAACAACUACAGGGUUUUGAGACGCAACAAUAGUUAUACAUGUUACACUGCUGCUAUCUGUGGUAUGCCUGUUCAUUCAACAUUCAAAUCUUCAGAUGUUGCAACUUCAGAAGAUAGUGAAAAGUUGGUCACAGACACUGUGUCUUUUUCUAAGAAACGUAUCCGCUAUGACAGCUAUUCUAGCUACUGCAACGCGGUGGCAGAAGCAGAGAUUGAAGCAGAGGAGGGUGGAGUAGAGAUGAAGCUUGCUACUGAAUUAACCGACCAAAAUCCAGUUCAAGAUGAUUCAUUAGAAGAGGAGAAAGACGAGAAGGACAAGUCACAAGUUCACCUUCUUUUCCACUUUCUGCAGAUUUUGACAGCGUGCUUUGGAUCUUUUGCUCAUGGAGGAAAUGAUGUCAGCAAUGCUAUUGGGCCCCUAGUUGCUUUGUGGUUAAUAUACCAACAGGGAGGAGUAAUGCAAGACGCCUCUACACCUGUGUGGCUGCUCCUGUAUGGGGGCGUGGGUAUUUGUGCUGGACUCUGGGUAUGGGGUCGGCGAGUUAUCCAGACAAUGGGUAAAGAUCUUACCCCAAUAACACCAUCAAGUGGAUUUUGCAUUGAAGUUAUGUGUGCGCUAACUGUACUAGUAUCCUCUAAUGUGGGCAUACCCAUAAGCUCCACUCAUUGCAAGGUUGGAUCAGUGGUGGCUGUUGGUUGGAUCCGUUCAAGAAAAGCUGUUGAUUGGCAUCUGUUUAGGAACAUCUUUCUGGCUUGGUUUGUGACUGUACCUGUAGCUGGUCUUUUCAGCGCGGGUGUCAUGGCAAUCUUCCAGUAUGGCAUCCUUCCCUAUGUCUGAUCAUGUAACCUCUGACUUCAAAACAAAGAUACAUUUUCAGUUUUAAUGCAUACUGGAAAUCAGAGCUACAGCAAUAUUUUAGACCGCUAUUCCACCAGCUGCGUGGACAAUAACAGGCCCUAAUACUUAUCAAUGCAUCAUCAUCUUGAUGUGACUAUUCUGCUGUAUAUAAUGUUAUGUCAUAUUGGUGACAUGGUGAGAUGUGGCUCAUUAAUAUUUAAAAAAAAAUUAAAUAUAUAUAAAAAAUAUAUAUAUUUAUUUUGAAUGCGUAUAGUAGGUAACACUACCAGAGUAUCACCAUUUGGGAUGGGAAUAAUUGCAUAGCCUUUUAUAUCUAGAUAAGAGCUGUACAUAAUGUAUUUUUGUGAGUUGUUGUUUUUUUGUUUUUUUUAAUAUUCAGUAAUAAUAUGGAAUAUUAAAGAUUCCCAUGUCUACUUGAUAAAUACUGUAAGUGAUAAGCGAGGUACGGGAGGUAUAUUUAAGUUUUAUACACAGAUGUAGGUAUAUGAUGGAUUAUGUGCUAGAAAUACUGGAAAAAAAUCAUGCAAGAUCACAAAUUGUAAAGAAAAAAGAAAAUGCAUCCAUUUGCUAGAUUUAUAUGUAUAGCAGUUUGCCAUUGUAAAUGUAUAAGCAUAUUUUCAUAGGUGCAUUUCCCAAAUUUUUUGAGAAGUAUAGGAGAGUACCAAAGAAAGUAGGGACUUGCAUUACAUUAUUAGAGAUGAGGAGUUGCUUGUGUGUUAUGACAGCACUACUUGACUUGUUUUAAAGACUUGGGCAAGAUGAAUGAAGUUAUGAGGCCAAAUUAAUACUAUUAAGUGUGGAGUACCAUUAAGGCACACAAGCUUUGAAAUGUUUUCUUUUUUUUUUUUUUUUUUUUUUUUUUAGAUCUUUAAUCAUUGGAUAUUGCAUUUGGUUGUAAUAUGCAAAAAAAAAAAAAAAAACAUGUUUAGCGGAAGGUCAGAAAAUAGCUGGCUUAAAAUUUGAUUCAAUGAUGUAGGCCUAGAUGCCUUUUUUUGUUAACCAGUUCACUCAAAAGUUCAUAACUGAUAUUUAAGUCCCAAGCAUGUUGUCUAUUGGUAUAGGUACAAGUUGUUCCUUGAUUACCAUCUCAAUGCCGCUGUAUGCAUACUGUCUCCCUAAUUACCAUUUUGUGACUUGCCAUCCUCACAAAUGGGCCUCUGAAUUGGCUAGUUAAAACAAAAAUCCAAGUAGGUGAUUUAGAAUGAACAAAAUUACAUCUUUACAGUGCACUUGGCUGUAGCAACAUUUUUUUUUUUUUUUAAUACGAAUUACCAGACUAUACCUAUCAUUAUAAUUGGCCCAGAUAAAAACGUACAUUAUUUAAUUUUAACGUUUGGAUGAUGUGACUUGAUUGUAGUUUCCUUUUUAACUUUUAUUUUUUAGAAUAAAAUAAAAUCGGCACGCUUGCUAGGCAGCAUAAUUGCUCAGUGAAAAAAAAAAAAAUCCUUUCAGUAUUUACUCCAAAUGCUCCUCUGCUGCAAAAC